AAGAAAAGUGGGGUGUUAGAAUCGAUGAGAGCACUGUUUCAAGAAUUUUAAAUAGUAGUGAAAAACGACUUAACUCUGAAGCUUCUAACUCUAAUGUGAAACGGCAUAGAUCUGUAACUGCUCCAGAGGUUGAGCUUGCAUUAAAAGAAUUUGUAUUAAAUUAUCAACAUAAAACUAUCUUAAGCGAUGCUGUGCUAAUUAAGAAGGCAAAGUUGCUUGCUGCUGGAUUAGGGGUUCCGGAAGGAACUUUACAAUUUUCCUCUGGCUGGUUGCAAAAAUUUAAAGAACGUAAUGGUAUUCGGCAAGUAAAGCCCCAAGGUGAAGCUGCAUCAGCAGAUAAUGUGGCUAUUGCAGGAAAUCGUGCAGAAGACUUAAAAAUGAAUGUUUUACAAGCCAUUAGAUACACUAUUCAAGCUUGGAAUGAAGUAACUAAUGAUACUAUUCGCUACUGCUGGCGUCAUACCAAUAUUCUUUCUAAAAGCUUUAAUGCAGACCUACGAAAUCUUUCAGAAAAUAUUAAACAAAAUGUUGAAUCUGAGAUUAAUGAUCUCGUUACAAUGAUUGAAAACCUUAAUUUUUCAGAUCCUAUGCAAGUUGAAGAGUUUCUUAAUAUCCCUGAUGAAAACUUUGCUUACGAGGUUCCUGAUGAUGAUCGUGCGAUUGCAGAGCUUGUAGAAAUUUUUAAGAAUAACGACACUGUGGAAGAUUUGGAUGAAGUAGACGAAAUGGAUGAUAGCUUGGAGAUUCCUAUAGUUAGUGCUGAUUCUGCACUUGAAGGUUUGGAGACCUAG